UCCUAAAUAGACGAUCUAGACAGUCCAGUCUCUAACAAGUGUCAUUUUAUUUAAUUGUUUUCCUCUCAAUACUAAAUUAAAUAGGGUUACAUUUCUUAACUUUUUGAAAAAGGAGCGAUGCCAAUCAAGUAAAAAAAGAAAAAAAAAAUCAUAUUCCCCUUCAUUACCUUUGACCUAUAGCUACCACGUGAUCUACCAAACAGUGAUGACCUCUCUAGGUAGCUAGCGGCAGCUAACCAAGGGAACUUAUGCUACCAUUUUCAAAUCGUGGAGAACAUCUCUCACAAUGGAGCAGCCUAAACAAGAAGAGGACUAUGGAUACGAUUUAUUCCCGGAGAGAAACACGCCGAAGUCCGUACGCCCAACUCCUCCUCAGUGCCAUGAACAGUUCCGGAUGCAAGGUGUUCAAAGACCGACAUUUCUCCUGCGAGGAUUGUGACGGGACGGUCAGCGGCGGCUUCGACGCAGCUUCUUCUCAAAUCGUUUUGUGUCAGAACAACAUCCACCAGCAGGCCCACAUGAACCGGGUGGUCACCCAUGAGCUCAUUCACGCCUUCGACCACUGUCGGGCCCAUGUGGACUGGUUCAGCAACCUACGGCAUCUAGCUUGUUCUGAGAUCCGGGCAGCUAACCUGAGUGGAGACUGCGCCUUUAAAAAUGAAGCUGCCAGAUUCAACUUUGGCCUCCAGAAGCAUCAUCAGGAGUGCGUCAGAGGCCGCGCCCUCCGCUCCAUCCUGGCCGUGAGGAGCAUCGGCCGAGAGGAGGCGGAGAAAAUAGUGGACGAGGUCUUCGACACGUGUUUCAACGACCACACGCCAUUCGGCCGGAUCCCGCACGACAACAAGGAUGCCAAGUUCGCCUUCAGAGAUUACGAGAACAGGGAUCGAUAUUACGCUAACAUUUAGUGUCGUCAAGUCGUCCACUCCCCCCCCGGCCAAGGGUGCUGUGACUCGCGGUGAGCCUCAGAGCCGCAGUCAGUGUAACAGAAUGAAAGUGCUGGAAAAUGAUCAUGUCCCUUCUGAGGGAAUUUUUUGCUUUUUUUUUUUUUUUUUUUUUUUUUUUUAAGAGAAGGAAUUGUCCUUGGAACAGGAAGCAAAGGAAGGAGUUUCGGUACAUUUCAUCUUCUACCCUCUGGACACUAAUUCUGCUUAAAGGGAUUGUGAGGAGUGGUUUCACUCUGGAAAAGGAAGUAUUAGAUGAGGCCCCGAUGAUUUAUUUGUCUUUUUAUUUUAGGUAAUCUAAUGGGUGCUUUUUAAGGAAAAAAAAAUCCAGGAUUUCCUUUGACUCUUCAUCUUGUUGCCACAUUGACCUCCAUUAAUUUCUUGUAAAUAUAGCUGAUUGUGCUUAAAUUAAACAGAAUGUGUUUGAAUUAAAGUUUGAUUCCUCCGAAAAAAAAAA